AUGGGAAAUACACCACUGCAUAGCAAGCGACGCCUUUCCGGUGAUCUUGACGCGAACUGUCUUGAAAACACACCUCCUCAUAUUUCUAUGGAUAUUCCCAACAAGCGUCCCACCUUAUCCGAACAAGAGGGAUUUCCCCGCUCUGCUCCUAUUGGGAGUAACUUCGAUAAUCGGGACGUGGACAAUAUGGCCUGGAUGCUCCAUGGAGCUAGCCUUCAUGAACAUGGCUCCCCCAUUAAGUCUAUCUCUAUCCUUCCUGGACCUUCUGCGCGUCCAGUCUCCUUCCCCUUGCCAUCUUCCUCUCAGGACCUGCCUCCAGGCAACCACACUUCCGGUGAUUCAAGAGUGCUGAGCUCAAACGUUGGAAACGGUGGUAUCGACUUGUCUACCGACGUCGAAAUGACCCCUACUGCUCCUCAAAAACAUCUUCCCACUGUCUUUCGUUGGAAUGGUGGCGGACACGAAAUUUAUGUCAGUGGUACUUUUGACAACUGGCAAAAGAAAAUACCAAUGGCUCGGCGGAAAUCUGGCCAUGUGGUGAUUGUAGACUGUCCGCCCGGCAGGCACGAGUACAAAUUCUUCAUCGAUGGUGCCUGGUAUCAUGAUCCCACUAAGCCAAUGGUGGAUAACGAGUAUGGGACAAGGAAUAAUGUGGUGGAGGUGAAGGAAUCCGACUUCAACUUCCUCAAUGCUUUGGAACAAGACAUCGCUAAUAGCAAACACAAAGCAGAUUCAACCGGAGCCGGCUCUGAUACGGAGAGUCGAACACCACCGGGAGAGUACGGACGAUUCAUCCCGGAGUCACCGAGGGAUAUAUAUGUGCAACGCGACUUCGCGUACCCACACAAGUCGCACCAAGCUCCGCCUGCACCGGGGGUUGGCUCCAUCACGCAACCACCUCUUUUGCCUCCUCAACUCCUUCAGGGCAUCCUGAACAAGGACAUUGGAGUGCACUGCGACCCAAACCUGCUACCGCCACCGAACCAUGUGAUGGUCAAUCACCUCUACGCUCUAUCCAUCAAGGAUGGGGUUGUUGUACUGAGCGUAAUUACACGCUACCGACAAAAAUUUGUCUCCACUCUUUUCUACAAGCCCAUAGACAACUGA